AUGGUGAAGGAAGGCAUAGUUAUCGGGCACAAGGUUUCACAAAAGGUAUUGGAAGUCAAUAAGGCAAAAAUUGAGGUGAUUGAGAAGCUACCUUCUCCAAUAUCAGUGAAGGGUGUUCGCAGCUUCUUGGGACAUGCCGGUUUCUACCGGAAGUUCAUCAAGGACUUCUCAAAUAUUGCACACCCCCUGUGCAAACUCUUGGAGAAGGAAGUGAAGUUCUAUUUUCAUGAUGCUUAUUAUGCUUCCAAAUGGGUGGAGGCUAUUGCACUUCCAAACAAUGAAGGAAAAAGUGUCGUCCAAUUUCUGAAGUGCUACAUCUUUGCGAGAUUUGGCACUCCUAGCGAGAUUAUUAGUGAUGGGGGAUCCCACUUUUGCAACAAGUGGUUCUCCACUUCAUUAAGCAUGUAUGGGGUGAAACACAAAGUAGCAACCCCAUAUCAUCCCUAA